AGCUUUUGGGCUCUGCUUCCGGUUCGGUGGGCCUCCAAUCCAAGACCAUCGAAGAUCCAUAGAUCCAUCGCUGAUGGUGAAGCGUGCGCCUGCGUCGAAGCGUGUCACGCUGGAGCAGAGGGUCCGCAGAUGUCGGGCAAGUUUGCCCUUUGAGGGUGGCGAACCUAUUCCCCCAACCCUGCCACGAAGUAUGAAGGAGAAACAAAGGGCUUGGUUGCUAGAUGGUCUCCGGGCCAUGGGUGCUCCUUUGGUUUUUGCUACGAUUGUGAGCCUCCUCUUCCAGGUCCCAGGACUUGACUGGUCCCAGCCGCUGCAACACUUCGAGUGCUUCAGCGGUGACAUGGAAGUGACCAAAGCGGAGUGGGCUGAGUCGCGGCUCCACGUUGAGAUCAGCAUUGAAGCCUUUGGGCCGGAGGGACUCCAAGGCAUGCCAAGAUGGCAAUCUUUUGGCCGCGCGAGCUUUGGUGCUUGUGGUGCUGGCGGCGGCAAAGGUCAUGGUUGCUUGGCUGACAUCACCGAGUAUGAGAUUGAGCCCGACUAUAGUGACAACAAGGAAAUGGUGGUUCGCUAUACCAACGCCAAAGGUGAGGCAAGAGUCCAUGGAGGAACAGAUCUGAAGGGCUCGCAAAGCUACCCUAAGAAAUUUGGGGAAGCUCUAUCCAAGGUUCGCAGCAAAUACCAAAAGAAACACCAUCGCGAAGCGAUGGCAUGGUUGCGGCAAGCCCGCCGAUGUGAGCGGGACUAUGAUCGCCGCCCACGGUUGAACAGGGCAUGGGUCACCGGUGCAAACCUGCAACCAGUCCUAGAUUUUCUUUCUGCUAAGCAGUAA